GUCCGCCCUGUCGGUGCUCGCUCUUUCCCUCCUUUUCCAUCGACACCACGCCUCCCCCCCUCGUCCUCGGCCGUCCCGCCGGCGCCUGCUUGCCCCGCCCUUCGCUCCAGCAGACGCUUGCCUGCUUGCAGUCCUGUAUAUUGCCUUGGCCGUUGGCGGCCCUUGCUCGUUUCUCGCCGCUCGCUGCAUCUCUCUGGACCGGCAUCGCCCUGCUUGUUGCCCUUCUCUCCCCCACCUCCACCACCCACCGCACAUCGUCCCAUCAUGAUCUCGAAUCCCCAGGACACUGCCCAGGACGCUGCCCAGGACGCUGCCCAGGACGAUCCGUCUCCCUUGGCCCAGCUGCUGGGUCCGUCGCUGCUUGCCAAGGAUCGAAACAGCCCGUUUACAAACGACUCCCACCGCUGGUUCGGUGUCGUCUGCGAUAACUGCCACGACGACGACUUUGAAGGCACCCGCCAUCGCUGCCAGACCUGCAACGACUACGACCUCUGCGACAGCUGCUUCCAGGACAACCCGCAGAUCCAUGCCGAGCACCCGGUCUUUGAGGUUCCCAAGCCCCAGGCAUACCACUCGGAGCUCACCAGCACCAGCGCCGCCCUCGCUGGCAAGGUGGUGUUUCUCUUCUUUGGAGCAUACUGGUGCGGGCCAGCAAGGGCCAUGACCACCAAGCUGAUCGAUUUCUACCACAACCUGUUGGGAAAGGGAACGAAAACCGAGAUCGUCUAUGUCAGCUCGGACCAUGACCAGGCCUCCUUUGAAGAAUUCUAUCUGGAGAUGCCAUGGCUGGCAGUCCCCUUUGAGCAGCUCGAUUUCCGAAAGACGCUGACCAAAAAGUUCAACGUCAAGAACAUCCCCCGCCUCCUGAUCCUCGACGAACGCGCCGAAAUCAUCCGCCGCAACCCCGUCGUCGAGAUCUACUCAGAUCUCCACGGCGAGCGCUUCCCGUACAUACCCAAAACCUUCCACCAGAUUCUGGAUCGACCCCUGGCUACCCGCGAGGGCCGCGAGCUCUCGUUUGCCGAUUUGAAGGGCAAGAUACUGGGCCUGCUCUUCGCGGCCUCGUGGUCCGGUCCCUGUCAGUCCUUCGUCACCGACCUCGUCAGUGUUUACGAGAAGCUCAAGACACAACAUCAGGACUUUGAAGUCAUCUUCAUCUCCAGUGAUCGCGAAGAAGAGCACUACCAGAAGCUUCUGGCCAAGAUGCCCUGGCUGGCGCUGUCUAGAAUGGAGGGCGCUGAAGCCCUUAUUGAGUUUGGGGAGCUGUACACCAUCGACGGCAUCCCUCAGCUGGUGAUUGUCGACUCCGACGGCAAUGUCAUCAACCGGGACGCCGUGGCCAGCAUCCAUGCCGAUCCGGAGGGUGCCAACUUCCCCUGGGUCCCCAAGAGACUCUGCGAUAUCUCCGAGAGUUUCUCGUCCGCUGGAUACACUCCAAGCGAAAAGACAUCCUUGAUCCUGUUUAGCGAGUCUGCCUCACAGACCGAGCAAGACGCACUCGAGCGAGCCAUGCUCUCGAUCGUUGGCGAGUACUCAAGCCCAAAGGAUGGUCGCAAACUGUCCAUUUCGAGCCAGUUUGUCGAGCCCAGCGUCAUCUUUUUCACGGGCAAAGCUGUGACCCCCGUCAGCACCAACGUUCGCCAGAUGGUGUCGCUGCCAUAUGAUGAAGCCAAGGGCCCGCAAGCCCUGCUCCUGGACAUUCCCAACGAGAAAUACCAUGUCUAUGAGGGCAGCAUCAGCGAGGAUUCCCUCCGCAAUCUGCUGUCCAGCUACCAGAAUGGGACCCUCGAUAUGACGCCCCUCCAGGCUUGAAAUACCGAUUCCAGCGGCACCACCGUUUCAACUUGAAUAUUCGGAGGAGUUUUUGACUAUAAGUUACCACCUCUUUUUCUUCUUUUGUUUUUGCUUCCCGGCUGUCCUGCUUCCUUGGACGACUCGAUGAUCGUCAGCCCAAUAUGCCGUUGUAUACUUGAAGUCUCUCG